AUGGAUCUAAACCUGUGUGUGUUGUUUUUCAGUGGAGAGACGCCCUGGGUUUGGCUUCGUCGUCCAAAGCUGAAGGAGCAAAGUCCCCAGUGCAGCGACGACGCAAACAGCAGGGCACACUGUCGCGACUCCUCAGCCUGGGACAACUCUGACCUGCCCAAUGUGGGAAAGAGAGGGGGAGGGGAGGUGGGGGGGACAGAGAAAGGUGGAGGAGUUGGAGAGGAGAGAGGUGGAGACAGAAGGGAGAGGUGGAGUGGGAGAGGAGAGAGGUGGAGACAGAGAAGGGAGAGGUGGAGUUGGAGAGGAGAGAGGUGGAGACAGAGAAGGGAGAGGUGGAGUUGGAGAGGAGAGAGGUGGAGACAGAAGGGAGAGGUGGAGUUGGAGAGGAGAGAGGUGGAGACAGAGAAGGGAGAGGUGGAGUUGGAGAGGAGAGAGGUGGAGACAGAGAAGGGAGAGGUGGAGUUGGAGAGGAGAGAGGUGGAGACAGAGAAGGGAGAGGUGGAGUUGGAGAGGAGAGAGGUGGAGACAGAAGGGAGAGGUGGAGUUGGAGAGGAGAGAGGUGGAGACAGAAGGGAGAGGUGGAGUUGGAGAGGAGAGAGGUGGAGACAGAGAAGGGAGAGGUGGAGUUGGAGAGGAGAGAGGUGGAGACAGAGAAGGGAGAGGUGGAGUUGGAGAGGAGAGAGGUGGAGACAGAGAAGGGAGAGGUGGAGUUGGAGAGGAGAGAGGUGGAGACAGAGAAGGGAGAGGUGGAGUUGGAGAGGAGAGAGGUGGAGACAGAAGGGAGAGGUGGAGUUGGAGAGGAGAGAGGUGGAGACAGAGAAGGGAGAGGUGGAGUUGGAGAGGAGAGAGGUGGAGACAGAGAAGGGAGAGGUGGAGUUGGAGAGGAGAGAGGUGGAGACAGAGAAGGGAGAGGUGGAGUUGGAGAGGAGAGAGGUGGAGACAGAGAAGGGAGAGGUGGAGUUGGAGAGGAGAGAGGUGGAGACAGAGAAGGGAGAGGUGGAGUUGGAGAGGAGAGAGGUGGAGACAGAGAAGGGAGAGGUGGAGUUGGAGAGGAGAGAGGUGGAGACAGAAGGGAGAGGUGGAGUUGGAGAGGAGAGAGGUGGAGACAGAGAAGGGAGAGGUGGAGUUGGAGAGGAGAGAGGUGGAGACAGAGAAGGGAGAGGUGGAGUUGGAGAGGAGAGAGGUGGAGACAGAGAAGGGAGAGGUGGAGUUGGAGAGGAGAGAGGUGGAGACAGAAGGGAGAGGUGGAGUUGGAGAGGAGAGAGGUGGAGACAGAGAAGGGAGAGGUGGAGUUGGAGAGGAGAGAGGUGGAGACAGAAGGGAGAGGUGGAGUUGGAGAGGAGAGAGGUGGAGACAGAGAAGGGAGAGGUGGAGUUGGAGAGGAGAGAGGUGGAGACAGAGAAGGGAGAGGUGGAGUUGGAGAGGAGAGAGGUGGAGACAGAAGGGAGAGGUGGAGUUGGAGAGGAGAGAGGUGGAGACAGAGAAGGGAGAGGUGGAGUUGGAGAGGAGAGAGGUGGAGACAGAGAAGGGAGAGGUGGAGUUGGAGAGGAGAGAGGUGGAGACAGAGAAGGGAGAGGUGGAGUUGGAGAGGAGAGAGGUGGAGACAGAAGGGAGAGGUGGAGUUGGAGAGGAGAGAGGUGGAGACAGAGAAGGGAGAGGUGGAGUUGGAGAGGAGAGAGGUGGAGACAGAAGGGAGAGGUGGAGUUGGAGAGGAGAGAGGUGGAGACAGAGAAGGGAGAGGUGGAGUUGGAGAGGAGAGAGGUGGAGACAGAAGGGAGAGGUGGAGUUGGAGAGGAGAGAGGUGGAGACAGAAGGGAGAGGUGGAGUUGGAGAGGAGAGAGGUGGAGACAGAGAAGGGAGAGGUGGAGUUGGAGAGGAGAGAGGUGGAGACAGAAGGGAGAGGUGGAGUUGGAGAGGAGAGAGGUGGAGACAGAGAAGGGAGAGGUGGAGUUGGAGAGGAGAGAGGUGGAGACAGAGAAGGGAGAGGUGGAGUUGGAGAGGAGAGAGGUGGAGACAGAGAAGGGAGAGGUGGAGUUGGAGAGGAGAGAGGUGGAGACAGAAGGGAGAGGUGGAGUUGGAGAGGAGAGAGGUGGAGACAGAGAAGGGAGAGGUGGAGUUGGAGAGGAGAGAGGUGGAGACAGAAGGGAGAGGUGGAGUUGGAGAGGAGAGAGGUGGAGACAGAGAAGGGAGAGGUGGAGUUGGAGAGGAGAGAGGUGGAGACAGAGAAGGGAGAGGUGGAGUUGGAGAGGAGAGAGGUGGAGACAGAAGGGAGAGGUGGAGUUGGAGAGGAGAGAGGUGGAGACAGAGAAGGGAGAGGUGGAGUUGGAGAGGAGAGAGGUGGAGACAGAGAAGGGAGAGGUGGAGUUGGAGAGGAGAGAGGUGGAGACAGAGAAGGGAGAGGUGGAGUUGGAGAGGAGAGAGGUGGAGACAGAAGGGAGAGGUGGAGUUGGAGAGGAGAGAGGUGGAGACAGAGAAGGGAGAGGUGGAGUUGGAGAGGAGAGAGGUGGAGACAGAAGGGAGAGGGAGAAACCAAAUCCCGCCCUCCCCCAAAACGCUGGAGCACCAUCUUCUAAGGAGGAGACCCAACCCGGAGAACCAGCCCAGACCAGGAGAAACCGCGGCCUGAAGAAGAACUAA